ACAUUACCGAUCAAUAAACCGUCCUUGUCAUACGUAGUGCAGGAAAACGACAAAAAGUUAGUUUGAUUUUGACAGCAAAGAGAAGUGAGUGUGUUGUUGGUAAUCUGAAAAUAAAAUAAAUUAUCAUGCCCAAGAAACUAAAAGUUGUCGUAAAAUCCUUGUAUUCUCAUGAGAUUCGUAAAGAUGUCAGUUUGGAAAAUUUAAAGUCAUUAAAGCUUGAAGAUGCUUGGCCUUUCAUCAGAGAAGAAAUUGAAAUAGAAAUUGGUAAUAGCCAGCUUGUCUGUAUACCCCAUAUUACUGAAGCUGAUCUUUAUAAAGUCACGUCUCUUUUUGUACCAAAUGAGAAACCAAUAAAUGGUAAAAUGUUUACACCAUUGGGAGAGCUUAAGAAGAAUAUAAAUCAGGCUAAAUCGAAGCCUGAAUAUGUGAACUGGCUUGAGGAAAGUGAUUUUCAAGAUCCUAGUUUUAAAUUUCCUCACGAAAGCGUUAAGAUUACUCUACAAGAUGAAUCUAUAAAGAACAAAGUAAGAGUGAUUAUGGUUAAUUUCACAAAGACCACAAUUCCAAAGGACAAGGACUUAGUCAAUAAUAUUUAUUUGGACACAGAUAAAAUUAAAGAUUUACAAGGCAAAAAGUCUGUCUAUAUGAUAACCAGUGUGCUCAUGGCAAAGACAAUUGAAUUCAGAGUAACUCGGGGAACAUCAUCUAGAAUCUUCCAUUUGGGAAAUGCUUCUCCAUUAGUAUUUGGCCUGGAAGAGUUUGUAAUUGAUGAUGAUGGAAAACUCAUUGCUAAAGUACCAGUGACUAUAAAAUCAAAGAGUCUUCAUUGGAAAAAGUUGGAUCCCUCGGACCAAUUGUUCAUCGUCAACAAGCCGGUAGAGUGUGAAGAGUAAUCUCAGUAUUAAAACCUAAUUGGAUUGAAUCGUAGGGCCUACAAGGGCUUGCAUUUCAUAAAAUACUUAAGUAUUGUAAUGCUUAGAAGGCAGUUCUGUGAAGUAGGCAGUACCACACUGGUCUGUGUUUAAAAAUUAUAUUGAAGGUAACUAAAUACUACUAGAUAAAAAAUAACCAAGGCUUAUAUGCCUUAAGUAGUUAUUUUUUAUGUGUACAUUAAAAAAACCUUCCUAACAUUAAAAAUUAAGGUUUAGAUUUUGCACUGCAAGUUGCUGCAAGCAAAUUUUAAAAUAAAAGUAUUGUAUUGAUUACAAUAUUUUCAAUAAAAUGAUCAUAGAAUAAUCAAUGAAAAAGUUUUAUUUUUAUUCAUCUAUUACAAAAAUACAUGUAAUUUACGACUAUGAUGAAUGUAAGAAACUGUAUUGCCAUUGAGAAAUUAACAUGUCAUUAAACUUGAUGACAUUACUAAAAAAGGAUAUUCUGUAUUUAGAUUUUAUUUAGGCCCUAGGUAAUACUUAUAGGUACUUAGUUGAAUGUUUGUUGCAUAGACAUGACAGUGUCUUAGAAAUCGUUAAUUAAAUCAACACACACAUUUUUCGUCAUUUUCACGCACAUAUUUAUUUAAACAUUCCAGCACUAAAAAUUAUCUUUCAAAUUAUUUAAUCUGUGAUUAUUUGUGUACCAUUUAUCAACUGUUCAUUUAUUUUUAAGAUUUUGUGAUCAUUAAGUACUUAAUGUGAUUAUUUUUAACCGAUAUAUUGUUGUGUAUCAGUAUUGAAAUAAACUUGAUCGAGUGUA